AUUAAUGGCGGAAAGCGAGAAUUGUGAAACACGGCCAAACCAGGUAGAUUGCUAUAAAACUACGCACAAUUAACGUCACGUCGAAUAGCUGGAGGCUUCGGUGUCCUCAUUUGCUCCAGAUCACAUAUUCACAUGUGCGCUCACAUUCAAUUUCUCCUACGCCUCUUGUAUACGGAAUAGCAACACCGAACGAAUCCAUUUUUAGGCUUCCUCACGCUCGUCGUACGCGCGCAUCGAUUGCAUCGCGCACGCAACUCUGUUGACAAAUUUGCGGUGCUAAACCGAGUGCUUUCGCGGAUCGGAGGUAGGUUAAAAUGGGAAGCGUGCGCGCGAUUUUGGACCAUCCGGAUGAUUUGUAUCCGAUGGUAAAGCUGAAGUUCGCGAUGAGAAGCGCCGCAAAGCAGAUCCCCGAUGAGCCUCAUUGGGGAUUUUGUUACUCUAUGCUUCAUAGAGUUUCUAGAAGUUUUGCGCUCGUGAUCCAACAGUUGGAUACUGAUCUUCGCGAUGCUGUGUGUAUUUUCUAUUUGGUUCUUCGAGCGCUUGACACUGUUGAGGAUGACACAAGCAUAGCAGCAGAGGUUAAAGUGCCUAUUCUGAUGGCCUUCCAUCAUCAUAUAUAUGACAGGGAAUGGCAUUUUGCAUGUGGCACAAAGGACUACAAAGUUCUAAUGGAUGAGUUCCAUCACGUUUCCACUGCUUUCUUGGAGCUUGGACCCAGUUAUCAGAAUGCAAUCGAGGAUAUUACUAUGAGGAUGGGUGCGGGAAUGGCAAAAUUCAUUUGCAAAGAGGUAGAAACAAUUGAUGACUACGACGAGUAUUGUCACUAUGUGGCGGGACUUGUUGGGUUAGGGUUGUCAAAGCUAUUCCAUGCUUCCGGAAAAGAAGAUCUAGCUUCAGACUCUCUUUCCAACUCAAUGGGUUUAUUUCUUCAGAAAACAAAUAUCAUCAGAGAUUAUCUGGAGGAUAUCAAUGAGAUACCAAAGUCACGCAUGUUCUGGCCACGCCAAAUUUGGAGUAAAUAUGUUAACAAACUUGAGGAAUUAAAAGAUGAGGAAAACUCAGUUAAGGCUGUGCAGUGCCUCAAUGAGAUGGUGACAAAUGGUUUAGAGCAUGUAGAAGAUUGCCUCAAGUACAUGUCUGCCUUGAGAGAUCAGGCUAUCUUUCGGUUUUGUGCAAUUCCACAGAUAAUGGCCAUUGGGACCUUAGCUUUGUGCUAUAACAACAUUGGAGUCUUCAGAGGUGUUGUGAAAUUAAGACGGGGUCUCACUGCUAAAAUCAUGGACAGAACUAAAACCAUGUCCGAUGUAUACGGAGCCUUCUAUGACUUCUCUCUUAUGCUAAAAUCUAAGGUUGAUGACAAGGAUCCAAACGCUAGAAAGACAAAAGACAGAUUAGAAGUGAUCUUAAAACUUUGCAGGGACUCAGGAACUCUAAACCAAAGGAAAUCGUACAUUAUACAGAGCAAACCCCGUUACAAUGCAACUCUGAUUGCUGUUCUGUUCAUUGUGCUAGCAAUUCUUGUGGCGUACCUGUCAGCUAUUCGAUCUUAAUUAAAGAGUGAGUACUGUAUUUUCAGCCAUCCCAUCCCAUCUUUUGUUAUUAUCCUGUAGAGAGAGAGCAUUUAAUGCAUUGAGUUUCUAUUAUAUUAUUAUUAUCGCCAUCCAUCAUCAGGAAGCUAGGAAGCUAGCUAAAUGUACCAUUCAUUCCAUUCCAGUGAAACUUGCUUCUACUUGUCAAUUGCAGCCAAAGUUAGCUCGUUUA